UGACCUUGAGCGGGGCGGGAGUUGGAACGCUCAGGUUUCUCACCGGUCCGACACCGCCUGGGCCUAGCUCAAGGUCACGAGUGCUCGCCCGGCGGCUGGAGGUGGAAGGGGCCGCUCACCGCAGCCAGCGCGGACGGCCCAGAAGCGGGCCCCGACUUGUCGCCAAGGCCGGGCGCUAAGCUUCUAGACCGCGGCCGGCGGAGCUAUGGGGUCCCGGAAGGUUCCGGCGCUUUUCCGGAAGGCUUCUCCCGCAGCCAAUCAGCGUUGAGACUUUCACCGGAAGGAGGUGUCUCCCGGAGCAACCAACCGGCCCACGGCCUUGAGUUCGGUGGCGGGAAAGGCCAUGAGUAAAAGCCGGGCCGAGGCUGCUGCCGGAGCCCCCGGGAUCAUCCUGAGGUACCUGCAGGAACAGAACCGGCCCUACAGCGCCCAGGACGUGUUCGGAAACCUGCAGAAGGAGCAUGGACUGGGCAAGGCGGCGGUGGUGAAGGCUCUGGAUCAGCUGGCCCAGCAAGGCAAGAUCAAAGAGAAGACGUAUGGCAAGCAGAAAAUUUACUUUGCCGAUCAGGACCAGUUUGACGCAGUGAAUGAUGCUGACCUCCACAGCCUGGAUGCCAAAAUUGUGGCCCUCACUGCCAAGGUGCAGAACCUACAGCAGAGCUGCCGCCACAUGGAGGCUGAGCUGAAGGAAUUAACAAGUGCGCUGACCACUCCGGAGAUGCAGAAAGAGAUCCAGGAAUUAAAGAAGGAGUGUGCGCACUAUACAGAAAGACUGGGGAACAUCAAAGCAGCCACCAACCACGUCACGCCGGAAGAGAAAGAGAAGGUGUACAAAGAAAGGCAGAAGUAUUGUAAAGAGUGGAGGAAGCGGAAGAGAAUGACCACCGAGCUGUGUGAUGCGAUCCUCGAAGGAUACCCCAAGAGCAAGAAGCAGUUCUUUGUCUGCUGUAUGUGAAAGGCUAAUGGGGACAUAGUCCUGCCUUAGAGCAACUACCUCGGAGUCAGUACUGCCUACAUGCAUUCUCCGAUACAGGCUUUGAACAAGAGAGAAGAGGACUGGAGUUGACUUCAGCACCCCCUCGGCUCAGUACACCCUCAGCCCAGCACCCUUACACUUUCAUUAUCUUCAGGGCUGUGACAUCCUUGCGCAGUGUGGAUACCUCCUCCUCCUGCUUUUUCUUCUCCUUGUGUAAAAACUGGAUGUAGUCGAUGGCUGGAAUAAGGCCGAGAGAGGGGUUGGGAACAGAGGAAGUCUGAAGCAGGAGGCUGGCUCGUUUUGUUUCCCCUUCCCCUAUGACCCAAUCUUCCCAUUACAGCCACCCCACCUGGGUCAGACCAGGCACCAGCCCCUCCCGGUCACCACCACCACCCCGGCCCUGUGGCCCUGGCCAUCCAUACUCUUCUGUAGGACGAUGGCUUUGCUGAGUUUUUGGGAGCCGAUGGAGAAG